GUGUGAAGAUAAUAGAGAUGGGGCCUCCUUCCCACGCACGCCGAACUGUCAGCAGUACAGUUGUUCGGCUUGACAGAGGAGACACCGCUGCGGAGUUUCAAGAGCCAUGGAGGAGUCUACAGGAGAGCCUCAGUUUGUGGGGAAGAAGGAUGAACUUAUUAAAGCAAAGCGUUCUUUCAGAACAAUAGAGGGUCGGGAUAUACUGAUCAUCUACCACCAGAACACCUUCUAUGCUAUGGACUCUUACUGCUAUCAUGCUGGGACGCUGCUGCAGGAAGGAGACAUUGAGGAAAUCUCCGGCAAGCUGUGCAUAAUUUGUCCAAACCACAAGUACAAGAUCUCUCUUGCCGAAGGGGAGGGCUUAUACAAGGGCACCGACCCCAGGGAAAAUCCGCCUGUGCCCAGAUGGUACUCCAAGGGUCUGAAGCAGCGGGUCCACACGGUCACUGAGACCAAUGGGGAUGUCUAUGUCAAGCUCUCUGAGGAAAUGCGCUGGCUCGACUCAGACUUCUACCAGGGAGAGAAGGGCAAGGUGGAAAGGGCCAGAGCUGCAGAAGCUGAGAAGAAGAAAGACAAAAAGUAGUAUGAUGGAUGGAUGAGGAUGUCAUCGCAACGGUCCGCUCUCGUCUCCCCUGAUCACCUCUAUGAUUGGAUGAUGACUCUAUAAAGAGGAUUUCAAUUCAUGCUCUACAUCAAGUAACCAGUAGGGCCUAGAUAGCCUUAAACUGGUCUUGUUUUUAAUGAGUUGAGGAGUGUUUAGAAUUUUAAAUUGCUUUAUUUGUGGCUUGCUGGUUGUUUACAUGAUAUUAAAAUGUUGUACUAAAAUAUCAGCUCAGAUGUUGCCAUGUUAGAUUGAUAUGCUCAUCUCAAAAUAAUCAUGCAGUUAACUAAAUAAAAGUUUUUUUAUGAAUUAA